AUGGUUCCAGGUGGCAUCCGUAUGGAUUAUGCAAAAGUGGCUGAAUACUUCGAUAUAGCCGUCAAGAUAGCCUUGAAAAUCAAAGCAGAGUCUCAAGGAACAAAGCUGAAGGACUUUGUAGCAACAAUGCAAUCAAAUGAGAAGUUACCGUCAGAGAUGGCAAAGCUGUGUGAGAUGGUUGAAGAAUAUUCUAAACAGUUCCCAACGAUUGGGUUUGAGAAAGAGACAAUGACAUACUACAUUUCUAAGAGUUUAUAA